CCAGGAAGGAUUUUCUUUGAUGACUCUUAUUUUGCCGACUCUGCUAUAUAUCGUCUCAAGCAUUGGAUCUUCCCUGAGAACCACUUCCCAUCGAACAGAGACUCGCUUGCUGUCGGACCGAGCUACCUGGUCCAUAGUACACCACCAUGCGAACAACCCUCCUCGCACUAACGGCCCUCGCCACCCUGCACUUGUCCACGGCCAGCCAAACCCCCGGCCUAUACGCAGACCCAGAUACAAUCCCCUCAUGCGUGGAAUGGUACGACAACAGCGAAGGCCUGACCUGCAAGGAACUCCGCGACUACUUCACCAUCACCCCCAAGCAAUUCACCGAAUGGAAUCCCUCUGUGAGUCUCGACUGCGAGCCGUGGAAUGAGUGGCAGUCCUACUGUAUUGUUACGCAGGAGAGGCUCGAUGAUACGGCCUCGAGCUUAUCCGCGAGCGCGAGCGCAACGACAACAAGCAAACCAGCGAGCACCACGGCCUCGACGACAACACUCGGCCCGUCGCCGACAGCAUGGACGGAAUUGGGCUGCUACUUUGACGACCCCGCGCAUCUCCCGCUCAUGGAGACGCGCGUCAGCGCUGCAGACGACGCGCUGACGAUCGCCAAGUGCCAGGACGCGUGCUACAGGGGCGCGUACAGGUUCGCCGGUGUCAAGGGUGGGGACGAGUGCUGGUGUAGUCCGUUUGUUGGUGGGGAGUGGGCGCGCGACCAGGAGGAUUGUGAUCUGCCUUGCAGCGGGGAUGAGAGGGAGGUUUGUGGUGGGGGCGAGACGGUUGUUGUUUUUGAGGCUGAGCUUGAGGAGGAAGAUGAUGAGGAUGAGUCGGCGGGUGGCUCGACUACCUCGACUACUUCGUCUGCCCCGCCGAAUCAAAGGCCUCAUGGAACCGUGCUUUGAUUUACUGGCGGUAUUUUAAUUUCUAGCCGGUGGGUGGUCUUUCCAGCUGGCUCCGAGCUUCUCAGGAUUCGAGCUUCAUCAAUAUUCUCAUAUUUUACCGAUGAUCUCGUUUAGCACUUUUUAACUCGCACCUUAUGGCGUGGUUUGAGUUAUUUCAUGCGUGGCCUAUUAGCAGCGAGAGAACAUUUACAUAAACUAUGGGGUAUGAAACUUCUGCAGGAGCUUGCGAUUAAACUGGAUAUAAGUACGUGUAUAUGGACAUGUAUAUGGUUAGCAAACCGCUGUACAGCCUAGGAGAGCUCUGAUCCCACUCUUUGCCCAUGGAUCAGAUUUUGCUUUUGUCCAGUGUCUAUCACAAUGAGAAAGAAAUUGAAGCUAGUGAGCUUAGCGAGCUUAUAUUGCCCCGAGCGAGAAUCUGGGUGUACACAUCUAGUCAGCUAUAUAUUGAUACAGGGCAAGGCAGGGCAGAGCUUGGCC